AUGCCUCGGACAAUAGAGUUUACGGAUUUACUAAUUGGAACCUGGAAUGUGCGCUCGAUGUAUAGAACUGGAGUUAUGACGACAAUUGUAUCGUGUCUUGAGCGAUACAAAUUAGACAUUACCGCUGUUCAAGAAGUAAGAUGGGAUGGAUCUGGUAGUUUAAAGACACAGGAGAUGACAAUCUUCUAUAGCGGAGGAGAAAAACAUGAAAGAGGAGUGGGGUUUGUAAUUAAGAACAGUAUUCUGCCAAAUGUUGUGAGAUUUGAACCGAUAAAUGAUAGAAUAUGCUAUGUUGAGUUUAAAGGUAAGUGGUUUAACAUACUACUAAUUAACUGCUACGCUCCCACUGAGGAAAAAAGUGAAGAAAUAAAAAAUGCUUUUUACGAAGAAUUGGAUAGGAUUUACGAUGCAUUACCAACCGGAAAGCCAAAAAUCAUCUUAGGUGAUAACAAUGCAAAAAUAGGGAAGGAAGAAACUUAUAAACCAACAAUAGGAAAGGAUAGUCUACACAGCGAUACAAAUGAUAAUGGGAAUAAACUAAUAACUUUUGCAACUGCUAGAAACAUAAUAAGUAAUAAGUAG